CCCUCAUAUGAUGAUGGUGGGGUCGACAGAGGCAGAAUGAUGAGCCGAGACGAUAGGCAAUUAUAACUGCCAGGGCCUCCCCCUCAUCGGCGACUGAUUCCUCUGGUUAUUCUUCUUUUUCCUGUAAUCAGCUUCUCUCUCGAUAAAAACUUGCUUUUAUACCACCUCGACAAACCCAUUACAGAUCAUCCGUCCGACAGCGUAAAAAGAGCUCAAAGAUGGCAGUCCCUGACAAGUUCACCGGCUUCCAGUCCCCCAGCGCCGGCAACUGGCUCGAGUUUGAGAAGGGCUCGUGGGAGCCCAGACCCUUUGGCGAUUAUGACGUCGAUAUCAAGACGGAAUGCUGCGGUGUCUGCGCCAGUGAUCGCCACACCAUCAGCGGCGACUGGGGCGACUGCCCCUACCCUCUGGCUGUGGGACACGAGGUCGUUGGCAAGGUCAUCCGCGUCGGCCCCAAGGUGACGCUGGCCAAGGUUGGCCAGAGAGUUGGUGUUGGCGCUCAGGUGUACUCUUGCUUGGAGUGCCGCCAGUGCAAGAACGAGAACGAGACGUACUGCAAGCACCAGAUCGACGCCUAUGGUGCCCCAUACCUCGACACCGGCUACACAACCCAGGGAGGCUAUUCAUCUCACUCUAGAAUCCACGAGUACUGGACAUACCCCAUUCCCGAUGCUCUGGAGAGCGCCGACGCCGCCCCCAUGCUGUGCGCCGGUAUCACCGUCUACAGCCCCCUGAAGCGCUUCGGUGCCGGCCCUGGCAAGAAGGUCGGCAUCGUGGGCAUUGGUGGCCUGGGCCACUACGGCAUCCUCUUCGCCAAGGCCUUGGGCGCCGAGGUCUGGGCCAUCUCCCGAUCCCGAGCCAAGGAGGCCGACGCUCGCAAGAUGGGAGCCGAUGGCUUCCUGGCCACAUCAGAGAAGGACUGGACCAAGGGACACGAGAUGACAUUUGACCUCAUCGUCAACACUGCCAACUCCUUCGAGGGCUUCGCUCUCGGCCAAUACCUUAGCCUGCUCGACGUCCACGGCCGAUGGAACUCAGUCGGUCUUCCCGGUGGUGAGGGUGUCUCUGUCCGAAACCAGGACUUCCUCGGAAACGGCUGCUUCAUUGGCAGCUCACAUCUGGGCAGCCGCAAGGAGAUGCUGGAGAUGCUGGACCUGGCAGCAACCAAGGGCAUUCACUCUUGGGUAGAGAAGAUCCCGAUCUCAAAGGAGGGUCUGCAGCAGGCCAUGAACAGACUGGCAGACUCGAGCGUGCGAUACAGAUCAUGCAUGGUCAACUAUGAGGAGGCCUUCGGUGCGUAAUGUGUGAAUAUGAUGUGUAUAUAAAAAGAAAAAUAAUAGAGGAAGACAAAAAAGAAUAAAAGUCCCUUGACGUUGG